AUGUCGGCCGUCGCGUACGUGGACUUCGUGGCGGCGCAGUGCCUGGUCUCCAUCUCCAACCGCUCCGCCGUGCCCGAGGCGGCGCGGCUGAAGGUGCCGGACGAGGGGGAGGCGGCCCGGGAGCUGAGCGACCCCCGCGACGCCUGGAAGGACUACUGCGCCCUGCUGGCCAUCGCCAAGAGCCUCCUGGAGCUGAACAAGUACCGGCCGCUGCCCGCCCCCUCCGUCUGCAGUGACAGCGUGGAGAGCCCCGACGAGGACGCGGGCUCCGACAGCGAUGCGGCCACCGAGCAGGGUUCCAGCCCGCCCCGCAGCCCCCCGCCGGGGCCGCCCCCCCGCCUGCGCGCCGCCGGGGCCGCCCCUAAGGCGAAGCUGGCGGCCGAGAAGCGGCACAAGUGCCCCUACAGCGGCUGCGGCAAGGUCUACGGCAAGUCUUCCCACCUCAAGGCGCACUACCGGGUGCACACAGGUGAGCGACCAUUCCCCUGCACGUGGCCCGACUGCCUUAAAAAGUUCUCCCGCUCUGACGAGCUGACGCGGCACUACCGAACCCACACUGGUGAGAAACAGUUCCGCUGCCCGCUCUGCGAGAAGCGCUUCAUGCGCAGCGACCACCUGACCAAGCACGCCCGCCGCCACACCGAAUUCCACCCCAGCAUGAUCAAGCGAUCCAAAAAGUCCAGCUCCAGCAGCUCCUUGUGAAGACAGGGCUGGCCCUGGGGGAGGAGUGGGGAAGAGGCAGGCUGUGGCGAGGAUGCAGGCAGUGGUGCCAGAGCACGAGCAUCCACUGUGUUGCCGGUCACCUUUGCUGUCCAAAAGCACAUGUAGCCGGCAUUAAAACAAAAAAGUACUCAGUAUCCCCCUCCCCAUCUUCCACCUCCUGGCUCUGCCCUGAGAACAGCAUUCUGGAACAAGUGGGCUGUGGGGUGAGAGGAGGGAAGGGGCAGGCAGCGAGGAGGUGACCACCUCUUCCACUCUAAUGCGUUGAUACUGGUGUACAUACAUAUGACUGGGCGGUCUGGCCUGUACCACCACAGUAGCAUGACCCCAGAGUCUUUGUGAUUGCUGUGUCAUGAACAUGUUUUGUUGAACAGUGUAAUGCUGCUUGUAUUUAGAGUCUGUCGAGUAAAAACACUUUCCGAGUCACAUAACUCAGAUAAAAACUCCAUAGCACAUUGUAGAAGUGGGUUUACUGUGUAUCUUCUGCGAUCCUGCACUUAAAGAGACUAUUAAGAGAAACAUUACAUAUGUUA